AUGGUAGAUGAUAGAUGUAAAAAACGAUUUCCAAAACCGUUCAACCCAUUAACAACUUUUGAUGAAAAUGGUUAUGUGCAUUAUAAAAGACGUGAUGGAUCGUAUCAUGUCCUACAAAGUGGGAUUAGAACUGAUAACGGCUAUGUAGUGCCAUACAAUAAAUGUUUGUGUAGUCGAUUUGAUGCUCACAUCAAUGUCAAAUAUUGUUGUUGGAAUAUGAUGAUUAAGUACUUAUUUAAGUACAUUUCAAAGGGGGUUGAUCGCGUUCGUUUCACUCUUCAAACAUCAGAGGCAAAUACUCCUACUACUUCCUCUACCAUACGUGUCGCUGUAAAUGAAAUCAAGUCAUUUCUUGAUGGUCGGUAUGUAUGUCCACACGAAGCAGCAUGGCGCAUCCUCAAUUUCCCCAUUCAUGAACGAGAUCCACCUGUACAAGUCUUUGUCGUCCAUUUGGAGGGGAUGCAACCUACUAUUUUUAAAGAAAACAGUCAAUUAAGCUCUCUAAUUGAUACCCCAGGUUUUGGUGUUACCAUUUUAACAGAAUGGUUGCACAAUAAUCAACGUGAUGGUCGAGGAAUUGACUUGACAUACAAUGAUUACCCUUCUAAAUACAGUUGGGACACCAAAGAUAAGAGAUGGAUUCAUAGGACUACCACAACAAAUACUACCAUUGGCAGACUUUCAUAUGUACAUCCAUCAACUGGGGAGUUAUUCUAUCUACGGAUUUUACUAUUCCAUCAAAAAGGAUGUAAAUCCUUCUAUGACAUUAGAACCGUUCGUGAAAACACAUACUCAACUUUUUGUGAUGCAUGUGAAGCAUUAGGGGUAACUGGUGACGAUAAGGAAUGGCUAACAACAUUUGAAGAAGCAUCAUCUUGGGCAACCUCAUUUGAAAUUCGUUCUCUAUUCUUUCAUCUACUUUUGUAUUGUGAAGUAGGAAACCCUCUUUUGUUAUGGGAAGCCGCAAAACCUAAAAUGGGCGAUGACAUAACCCAUACAUUCACUUCGAAUUCUACAGAUCCAAAUGUAGUUCUACGUGUUGAUACACUAGAACAACACAUACUUCUCGAAAUUCAAAAGACACUAAUAGCUUCAACACCUUCCAAAUCACUUGCUGACUUUGGAUUGCCAAUGCCAUCUCCAUCUCUUCUUUCCAUUCUCAAAAAUCGUCUUCUUCUUGAAAAGACUAAUUAUGAUACAAAUCUCUUAAUUUCUCAAAAUACAUCCAUGGUAUCACAAUUUAAUCCGGAUCAACUUACAAUUUAUGAAAGAGUUGUGGAUGCUGAACGAAACAAAAGAUCUAAGGGAAAGAUUAUACUGGUUGUUGCUGCCUCAGGCAUUGCAUCCCUUUUGUUGCCUUCAGGUCGUACUGCUCAUUCUAGAUUUCUAGCAGAGCUCCUAAAGAGGACUUCUAUGAUCAUAUGGGAUGAAGCUCCAAUGAGUGAUCGUCGUUGCUUUGAGUUUCUUGAAAAAUCACUAAAAGAUGUCCUUGAAGAUGAUAACCAUCUUUUUGGUGGGACGUCAAUGCUCCUAGGAGGUGACUUUCGACAAACUCUUCAUGUUCAAUCUAAAAGUAGGAAAUCACAAAUAAUUAGCCUAACUCUACCUAAUUCCUAUCUAUGGUCACAUUUUAUGAUAUUGAAAUUGCAUCAUAAUAUGCGUUUAUCCCAACCGGUCAAUUCAAAUAAGGAUGUUAAUCGAAUAUCUGAGUUUGCUUCAUGGCUUCUCGAUAUUGGAAAUGGAAAUAUCGGAACACCAGACAAGAAUGAUCCAGAAUGCACAAACAUUAUACAAAUACCUGAUUGUUUCCUUAUCGAAUCAAGAGACAAAGGAUUAGAAUCACUAAUAUAUUUUGUAUAUGGCAAAGAUAUAAUUUCCAAUCCAUCACCUGAGGAGUUAUCUGUUAGAGCCAUUAUUUGUCCAAAAAAUGAAACAGCUGAUCACGUCAAUGCUUUAAUUCUAUCAAAAACCAAUAGUCAAGGGGUGGUAUACAACAGCUGUGAUUCUAUUAAGUCACAAACCCAUGAUAGCUUAGAAUUAGAUACCUUGUAUCCCCAAUAUUAUUUAAACAAUCUUCACUUUUCUGGUAUUCCUUCACAUACAUUAAAUUUGAAAGUUAAUACCCCAGUUAUGCUAAUGAGGAAUAUCAAUCAACAAGAAUGUCUUUGUAAUGGAACACGUUUGAUUGUUACACAAUUAUUACCAUCUGUGAUUGAAGCUUCCAUAAUAACAGGAAUAACUAUUAGGAAAAGGGUGUACAUUCCAAGAAUAAAAUUUGUACAUAAUACCUCUGACCUACCUUUUAUAUUUAUCAGAAAACAAUUUCCUCUUAAAGUGUAUUACGUAAUGACUAGAAACAAAAGUCAAGGCCAAUCUCUUAAAAAGGUAGGUUUAUACCUCACAAACUCUGUUUUCACACACGGACAACUAUAUGUGGCUUUGUCAAUAGCUACCUCACCAGAUUCGAUAAAGAUUCUGCUACAACAAGAAGAUGCAUUACCAUUCAACUUUGCUGAACCUGUUAGAUGUGAUCAUUGGCAAUGCGAAAAGCAAGCAAGACCUGCUCAGAUGUCCACAUUAAAUGCUGAUGAUGCUGGUGGCUCCGGCUUCAAUGCAAUGAGGCCAGGUAUACUGUAUGCAUAUGCUAGGAAUCCAUACUUUUUUUUGUCUCUGUUACAGUCUUCCAAAGUCAAUAAAACUAAGGAAAAGACGGGAGAUGAAAAAUAUUCAUGUCAUUCUCUUGAUGAAGUGUCUCGAAUGAUACAUAAUACCUUAUCCGCAUAUGAAUCCAAGGUUCACAACAUGUUUCUUGAUCUUGGGGAGUCGAAUAUUCUUCGCCCGUAUAUGAGUGAUGCAAUAAUAGAUAUAUCUAAAGUCUGUGAAGUUUUUGAAGCAAAAGAAGCAGCACCAUCUGUUGCAGGUUACUUGGAGCAAAUUGGAAGCAAGAUUGGUCAAAAUAUAUUAUAUAAAGAAUAUUCAUCUUUUCAAAAUGGGUAUCCUGUUGAUGAUCUGGAAGAAAGUUUAUCUGAUCCUCUUCCGGGAAUGCUCAACUCCCUUGAUCUCACCGGACCCAUUUCCCCUUCUAGUUCGUCUCUGAUACAAUCAGUGAUCAACCCCGUUAUAUUUGGUUUAGUAGCUUCAGACGAAGAAAGAUGGCUGCCUGAUAAAAGUUAA